AUGGGGGGCGAGGAGGAGAAGCCCGCCCUGGAGCAGUUUGGUGUCGAUUUGACAGCUCGUGCUCGCGACGGCAAACUCGACCCCGUCAUUGGCCGCGAUGCCGAAAUCCAACGAACAAUCCAAAUUCUAUCAAGACGAACGAAGAACAACCCGGUACUGAUCGGUAACGCUGGCACCGGAAAGACGGCAGUGCUGGAAGGACUGGCGCUACGCAUCAUCCAAGGCGACGUCCCUGAAAGCAUCAAGAACAAGCGAGUCAUAUCUUUGGAUCUUGGCUCCCUCAUUGCUGGCGCUAAAUUUCGCGGCGAUUUUGAAGAAAGACUGAAGAAGGUGCUUGAUGAAGUACAAAAGGCCGAGGGCGAAGUGAUUCUCUUCAUUGACGAGCUUCAUACUCUGCUGGGCCUAGGCAAGGCGGAAGGUUCUAUUGAUGCCUCCAACUUGCUCAAGCCUGCGUUAGCCCGCGGCGAUUUGCAAUGCUGUGGUGCCACGACACUUGCUGAGUAUCGACUUAUCGAGAAGGAUGUUGCGUUAGCUCGACGUUUUCAGCCCAUCAUUGUCAACGAACCGACCGUGGAAGACACAAUUAGCAUUCUGCGAGGUAUCAAAGACAAGUACGAGGUGCACCACGGUGUCCGCAUCUCAGAUGGCGCUCUUGUAGCUGCCGCGUCGCUAUCAAACCGCUACAUUACCGAUCGAUUCCUUCCCGACAAGGCGAUUGAUCUGAUGGACGAAGCUGCUAGUCACCUAAAGCUACAGCAUGAGUCUAAGCCCGAAGAUAUUAUGCGCCUCGACCACAAAAUCAUGACGAUCCAGAUCGAACUGGAAAGUCUGCGCAAGGAAAAAGAUGUUGCCAGCAAAGAGCGACGAGAGAAGCUUGAGAAGGAGCUCAAGAAGCACCAGGAUGAAAUCUCCGAACUAAACGCCAGAUGGGACAAGGAAAAGUCAGAGCUCGACGCCGUCAAGAAGAUUCAAGAAGAUCUGGAUAAGGCGCGGUUUGAGUUAGAGCAGGCUCAGCGCACCGGCAACUUUGGGCGCGCUUCCGAGCUGCGGUUCGGAGUAAUUCCAGAUCUGGAGCAGAAGCUGCCCGCAGAACCAGAACAGGAACAACCCAACGACAGCACACUUAUACACGACAGCGUCACUUCUGACGAUAUUGGAGCGGUAGUUUCUCGAAUCACCGGCAUCCCCGUCUCCAAGCUGACCUCGGGUCAUAUCGAGAAGCUGGUGCACAUGGAGGACAGCCUUAGAGAGGCCGUCAAGGGCCAGGACGACGCCAUCAAAGCCGUCUCCAACGCGGUGCGCCUGCAGCGCGCCGGUCUGAGCGGCGAGAACAAGCCACUAGCAUCCUUCUUCUUCCUUGGUCCGACGGGCGUCGGCAAGACAGAGCUCUGCAAGAAGCUCGCCGGCUUCCUCUUCUCUACCGAGUCGGCGGUGGUGCGCUUCGACAUGUCCGAGUUCCAGGAGAAGCAUACCAUCUCACGGCUCAUCGGCGCACCAUCGGGCUACGUCGGCUACGACGAUGCCGGGCAGCUGACCGAGGCGGUUCGCCGCAAGCCGUACGCUGUACUGCUCUUUGACGAGUUCGAAAAGGCGCACCGCGACAUCUCGGCGCUACUGCUGCAGGUGCUCGACGAGGGCUACCUGACGGAUGCGCAGGGCCACAAGGUCGACUUCAAGAACACCAUAAUUGUGCUCACAUCCAACCUCGGCGCCGACAUCCUCGUCGGACAGGACCCUCUGCACCCGUACAGCGAGGAUGCCGCCGGGGAGAUGGACCCCUCGGUGCGCGCGGCCGUCAUGGACGUCGUCGGUCACGCCUACCCGCCGGAGUUCCUGAAUCGCAUCGACUCCUUCAUCCUGUUUAAGCGGCUCUCACGCGCUGCCAUCCGCGACAUUGUCGACAUUCGCCUGCGUGAGCUUCAGCACCGCCUCGACGACCGCCGCAUCACGCUCGCCGUCCGCGACGACGUCCGCGACUGGCUCGCCGACCGCGGCUACGACCCCAAGUACGGUGCCCGCCCGCUCAACCGCCUCAUCACGAACGAGAUUGGCAACGGCCUCGCGGACCAGAUCAUUCGCGGCAAGCUCAAAAUGGGCGAGACGGCGACAGUUCGCAUCAAGGAUGACCAGUCGAGCCUGGAGGUGAUCAACACGUCCUCCACAGCAGAGGAGGCUUCGCUGGCGGCCGAAGCUGCUUAA